ACAGCUGCUUUUUGUUGAAGCAAAUUGUAAUUAUUUUAAAAUAUCAAAUUUUCUUUUAGUAAAUACCGAAAAAGCUUAAAAAUAAAUAAUAAUGGAUCCCGCACUGCUUCGGGAACGCGAGGCGUUCAAAAAACGGGCGAUGGCUACGCCAACCGUUGAGAAGAAAACCAGAACGGAAAGAGCGCCGCCACCGCCGAGCAGAGAUGAUUCCCAAAAGAAAAUGCGCCCUCCAACGGCACCCAAGCUUGAUGCUUCUACAUACAAAACCAUGUCUGGCAGUUCCCAAUAUCGUUUUGGAGUCUUGGCCAAAAUAGUGAAAUUUAUGCGCACCCGCCAUCAGGAUGGCGAUGAUCAUCCAUUGAGUAUUGAAGAGAUCCUUGAUGAAACCAACCAGCUAGAUAUAGGCCAAUCGGUGAAGAAUUGGUUGGCUGGUGAAGCGCUUAGCAAUAAUCCCAAAAUAGAUGUCACUCCGGAUGGACAAAAGUUCAGCUUCAAACCCGUUUACAAAAUCAAAGACGGCAAGACUCUGAUGCGAUUGCUGAAGCAGCACGACUUAAAGGGUCUUGGCGGCAUUUUACUAGAGGAUGUGCAAGAAUCGCUGCCACAUUGCGAAAAGGUUUUAAAAAAUCGCGCUGCUGAAAUAUUGUUCAUUGUCCGACCCAUUGACAAAAAGAAGAUACUCUUCUACAAUGACAGAACCGCCAAUUUUGCCGUGGACGACGAGUUUCAGAAGCUUUGGCGUUCCGCAACAGUCGAUGCAAUGGAUGAUGCCAAAAUCGAUGAAUACCUCGAGAAACAAGGUAUUCGUUCGAUGCAAGACCAUGGCCUUAAGAAACCCGUGCCGAAGCGUAAGAAGGCGGCGAACAAAAAGCGACAGUUCAAGAAGCCGAGAGAUAACGAGCAUUUGGCUGACGUGCUAGAGACUUAUGAGGAUAACACCUUAACGCAGAAGGGCGCAAAUCCCACAUAGUGUAGAAUAGCUAAUAAAGAUAAUGUAAUCGUUAAGAACCCAAUAGAAAUAUAAACUAAUGUUCUAUGCAUAUUUCCGGUAGGUCGAUGACCUUGCAUA